GAUUUGAAAAUCAUUCAAUCCGUAUAGAAAUCUCACAUACUAAUCAGACAUCAAGUUCAAUUCAAUAAUACAAAUUAUACAAUAAUUAAGGCGCGAUUUUUGGAGGCCUGAGUCAGCUGGAUUUCCAGUCAAGAACUGGAAAUUUAUAUGAUUGAAGAAGAACUUGCAUACUUCCUAACAUCAACAUCAACUUCAGCAACAACAUCAACAUCAAAAAUACUGGAUUAUUCUGUGGCCCUUGCGAGGCCAUCAGCCGGAAGUGUUUACUGUAAUACGAAUAGAUCAAAUUCAAGUUUUUGGCCAACGAGUUGCCCAUCAGCCCAUCACAAAGCGUUAAAAACGAACAGAACAAAACAAAAAACAAAUCAGAACGUAAAUCGCAGCCAAAAUGACGACCUACAUGAAGAUAUUUAACGAGCGCAUCUCGGGCCUAUCCAAGGGUGUGGAUGAGACUGUGGACAGUUGGUUUUUAAUGAGUUCACCGGGUCCAGUGGUGGCUGUGGUACUGAUUUAUCUGGUGUUUGUGCUCAAGAUUGGACCUGAGUACAUGAAGAACCGCAAGCCCAUGGACCUGAAGCGUAUAAUGGUACUGUACAAUGCCUUUCAGGUGUGCUACUCCAUUUGGAUGUGUCGUACGUCCAUCCAGGAGAGCAAUGUCAUGUCGUCGAUAUUCUCGAAGAAAUGCGAAAUCAAUCGCACUCGCGAACAGAAUUUAACCCUCUACUCGGGCGCUUGGUUUUAUUUCUUCUCGAAGAUCAUUGAUUUGCUGGAUACCACGUUCUUUGUGCUGCGCAAGAAGAACAAUCAGGUGUCUUUCCUGCAUGUCUAUCAUCACACAAUCACCGUACUCUUCUCUUGGGGCUAUCUGAAGUAUGCGCCCGGUGAACAGGGCGUCAUCAUUGGCAUCCUCAACUCGGGUGUGCACAUCAUCAUGUAUUUCUAUUACAUGGUCGCCGCCAUGGGACCCCAAUACCAGAAGUAUCUGUGGUGGAAGAAGUACAUGACCAGCAUCCAGCUGAUUCAGUUUGUGCUCAUUCUGGGCUACAUGCUUGCCGUGGGCGCCAAGGGUUGCAACAUGCCCAAGACGCUGACCUUCUUCUUUGUGGGCAACACGAUCAUUUUCCUCUAUCUGUUCGGCAACUUCUAUCGUAAGACCUACAACAAAUCGAAGAGUAUUGAUGCCAACGGCUCGGUGCGCAGCGGUGGCAGGAGUCUGGCACAAUCGGCUCUGCGUGCUGCUGGCGGUAUGGGCUGCAUGCCAUUGCAAGCGACCAACAACGGUAAGCAGGAUGCCAGAGACUUCAAGCCGUACAUCGAUCUGAAUAACAACAGUGUGAAAGCCAUGAAGGUGGAAUAAGUUCAACGAGUCUCUCUCAAGUUCUCUUUAAUUGAUUUGGAGAGCUAUGGUGGGGUUUCAAGUUUUCGUGUUUAGGUUAGCUUUACAACAUUUGUUAGAGCGGGGCUUUAGUUUAGAUUUUUAAGAUACUAUAUAUAUCCAUAUAACACCAUAUCUGUAUGUAAAAAGAUUCUGAAUAAUGAGCUUGUGUAAUGUUUAAUGUAUAAUGUUUAUGCCAAACAGCAGAAGAGUAUAUCCAAAUACCUAGGCGUGUAAGUGUUAUGUAUGAAUGUGUUUGUAUGUGAAUGAAUGUUGUGAGUGAAUGUUUGAACGUGUGUAUGCGUGACUGUAUCGAUGUCUAAGUAUUGAGAAAUCCAAGAAACUCAUUAUUGAAAUUCGAAUAUGAACUGUUUUUGAAACAAAACAAUAAUAAAAACAAUAUUUGAACUUUUUUUUAAACAA